AUGAAGCUGCCGCUGGGUCUGCCAGUGGUGUUGUACGUCUUGCAACUGCUAGUGUGCACUGCUCAUCUCGCUACUGUGCUUACCUCUGGUCCGACCUCUGGCACCUACGGCACUUCAGGACUGAGCUCCAUCAUGCGCGACUGCAGUGACCUGCCUCAGGGCACGACCAGCGGCGUCUACACGAUCAUGGUGGAUCUCCAGAAUCCGACCCCGGCCUAUUGUGACAUGGACGAUGGCGAGGGAUGGACCGUCUUCCAACGGCGAGCAGAUAUCCUUCCCAGACAGGACUUCUAUUUGGACUGGCAGGCCUAUAAGUGGGGUCUGGGAAGUUUCGCCGAAGAGUUCUGGUGGGGACUGCAUCCGCUCUGGCAGCUGACCUCCCAGUCGGACCGAACAUACGAGCUGCGGGUCGACCUCAGAGAUUGGGAUGAGCAGACGGCGUACGCCACCUACCAGGAUUUCACCAUCGCGUCCGAGGCCGACAACUACCGAAUCGCCUUUACCGACUACGCCGGAGACGCCGGGGAUAGUCUUGGAUGGCAUAAAGGAAUGAUGUUCUCUACUUUUGAUCGGGACAACGACAACGACCCCGACCAUGACUGCGCUCAUGAUCGACAAGGAGCUUGGUGGUACAAUGCCUGUACUGACAGCAAUCUGAAUGGUCUGUAUCGACCAGACCUAUCAGACUGGCGCACUAUCACGUGGUAUGAUUGGAGAGGAAAAAACUACAGUAACAAGGCGACGACCAUGAAGAUCCGACCGAGCAGGAUCCCUUAG